CCUGCACAUGAGGUAGGAUUUGGCAUGCAGGCUCUUUCUGCAACCAUUAGGAUUUGGCCUGCAGGCUCCUUUUUCAACCAUUUUUCUUCAACGCUUUCCACCUUCACUUCCAGCAGUAUUUCAUUACCAGUUUUUAGCACCUAACCAAAGAUGCACCUCUUCAAACUCAGGUGUCUUUGCUUACUGAGAAAGGUGCUGAAAGCCAGAGACAUUACUACCAGGACUCCACCUCACCAAAAAGCAAACAAAAAUAAAUGGUGUAGACAGUAAACGAGUCCUGAUAAGCAGGCAGCCGAACGCUGCCUGCAGAAAUGGCAGCUUCAGAAUUAGGCCCUGCUGUUUUCCUCCCCCCAGCACGGCGAUGGGCACAGACGUGAGUCUCCAUGAUGAAAUCUAGCUGAACGCACACAACCCAACGUCCCCUCGGCUUCCCCCUCCACGCUGUCCAAUUAAAAAAGAAACCAGGAAUGAAAACAUCGGUUUGGAAGAGACAACAUCACACAAAAGCACCGGAGAUGGCGACUGUUGUCUGCUGGUCACGACAAGAAGAAAAUCCUGAGGAGUUUCCUGAAUUCACCUCCUUUCUCGUUUGUUUUGCAGAAAGCAGCCGGCAUGGCUGGGCCGGAGCUUUGAAGGAGACAAAGGGGGCUUUACUUCACUUCCAAGCCAAAUACCUCAGAGAAAAAGAUCAUCCCUGCCAUUUUCCCACGCCGCUGGAAAAGCAGAGGCAUGGAGACCUACAGUCCAAGUACUGUAUGGAAGUAAAUACUAGUUGUAUGUGGACACCUUUGCUGAAGUGCCUUCUCAAAAUCCAGACAUAUCAAGUAACAUAAAUUUAAAAGAUAAGUACAAUUCCGGAGCUACAUCCAGCUUGCUUAUGUGGUUUGUAUUGCAGGUUUGUAUGCUUUCAUUACAAAAAGAAAAACAAAUGACAAGGUGUAGGUUUGAAUGCAAACAUGCCGUCAGCAAGAGGGCUGAGUAGUGGUAUAGCUUUCCUCCCAUCAAUGUGAGAGUGUUUGCCAUGUUACUGGGGACCUUCCCAUUCUCUCACCAUAGAUAUUGUUUUGGAUCCUGCAUCACUUCUGAAGAAAAUGUGGAUUUAAGGCACACGUUCUUGAUUAAGGUAUCUAAGAGAACAUGAUAAUUUAAAAUGUUCUUUGCAAUCCAUUUGUUUUUACAAAAAUGUCUUUUGAAUGUGCCUGGAACUUCCCAUCUCUGAGCAGCAGAAUGAAUAAAGAAACAGUAAGAUAUCAUGAAAAUAUGAAAGGAGACAGUUUUAUAACAGUGAGAGUAUUCCUAAGUGUACUUCAUAAUUUAUGAAAUUAUAAGUCACCUCUUCACAGAUGGUGAGGUAAAGCUUUUCUAAUGCUUGAGGGUCUCUUAUUAUUGUGAGAGUGCCUGAUGUGUAUAUAUAUAAAAACAUUCUUUUAAACAGAACAUUUCAUUGUGGUUGGAAUUCAGUUUUGGUUGUAAAAGUGACUUCUUAUUAGGACUUCUUAAUAUGAAAUGCCUUGCAGUAAAGGAAACAAAGACAAUAUCACAAUUAUAUGAUUAUCCCUAAGUUUAUUAAACAAAUUGAGUCUCUGAAAAUAACCCUGCAUUUACUUAUCAAUAUACUGAGCUUGAAUUUGUAGCCAUACUGCAGAAUCCAGUCUGUGGUGCUUAUAUAUGUUGCAAAAUGUAGAUACCUUUUUGCGGGGGUUUUAAUGGUCUUUUAAAGUAGUCUCAAAUUUCUCAAGUAUAUGGAGGCAUUUCUCAUAUCUGGGAAUAUUAGAUAAAUACGGGCAGACCAGUAGUAAUGCAAAUCACUGGAAACUAAUGAAAAAAAUUAUUUCACCAGUGUCAGUGCAAAAGAGCUCAGCUGAGGUUACAGUCUGUUGGAAUACUUCUUGUUCUCACUGGAGGUGAUUCAACUGGAGAUCACUCAGUUAUGGACAGGCUACCACUGUCAUGUCUUAUGCAACAAUAAAUCUUUACCUGCUCGUGUUUGCUAUUGUUUCCACUGAAAUAAACACAAGUAUUACUACCUAUUUUAAUACUCUUAGGAGCAGAGUUCUGCUGGUUUGGGGUUGGGUUUUUUUGGCAAGGUAGUUCUUUUUUUGGGUUGGCAGAUGCAGUGAGUUAGUGUUUUGCUUGAAUGUGAGUUAAGACACAGCUUGAAAGCAAGGCUGUUUUAAUUGAUAGAGCAUUUGGGAACUUUCCUCCUUCUUACAAAUUAAUGAAAUUGUCUAGAUUAAAUCAAUUUAAAUGGAGUGAGACAGUGAGAUAAUGUGCUAGCCUUUCUAUCUGAAAAUCUCUCUGCUAUUUAGAUUGAUGGCACCAGGCCAGUCUCUAAUGGAUGUAUUUGUCUACAUUACAGAAGAACUUCCUGCAGUCUUGACUUUUGCUUUGGAGUGGUUGAGGAUUUGGAAGCUCCCUUCUACAUUCCCUAGAUAUUGGCAGGAUCUGAGGCAGCAACUGCAGAGGCUGAUUCAGCUGCACACCACAUGCAGAUUGCCUGACGGGUGCUGCUGGCUAAUGAAGACAUGCCCUCCAGAAUGGGUAACUGUUGAGUUCCCACUGCAGCUUUUCUCCUUCAUUUUAAUUUCCCUUCUUAAGUGCUAAUUCCUACAAAACUUGUAGGGAUGUAGAACUUUUUCUGAAUUAUACCUUUUAGUCAACUUGAAAUGAAAUUCUCAAUAUCCAAAUCUGAAAAUUCUUGGAGCGGACUUGAUGGACAGACAGGACAAUAAAACUCUAUCAGCCUCAAUUCCUCCAGAAACCCAGCUAAAAAGCUCUUUUUAAUAAAUAAGUGCUGUAUCUGAUCCUUUUUAGCAUUCUCUGACCAACAUGUCUGUUCAGCUUUUCUGCCUUAGAGAUUUUGCACAGUGAAUGGAAUAAACUCUUUGCAUUCUAUAGAAACCCAAGUUACAAACGCCUUUCCCUUCCUGCUUCCUAGCAGUAUAAAGAAAGGAAGUUCUUGAUUAAAAAGCUAAUUUCUGCAUGUUCCUGAACCUUCUUUUUAAAGCCAUCACACAGGAGAACCCUUGAUAGUGCUCAUUAGAAACUCACUGAAGGAAGUGCAUAGGAAAUUACUCAAUAAAAAAUACAAAAUGCUGUCAUACUACAUUGACUGAGGAAAACCUUGGCUCUUUUGGACAAGAAGGAAAACCUGAGUUGUUUGCAAGUGGAAGAUUCUACUCAUUUCAGAAAGGAAGACAGGGAAAGGUUCUGUUUUUCAAGUGGAUGUCAGAUCACUGACUAAGGAUAAUGCCAUAGGAGUCUGGAAGAAGAACAGCUUCAGAUUUAUUUCAUUCCUGCUGCAGGAUUCAGACACAUUUGCAAUGGGCAAGAAAACAGAAUGACAUAAGAAGUAUGAUUGAAUUGAAGUGUGGGGGACACUGGGGUAAUGCAUGGCAAAUAGAGCUGGAUAUGACUAAAAGUCAUUGCCGUGUGUGAGCAUGAACACAAAUUCAGACAAACAGAAGUGCCAAUUCUUUUUUUGUGCAUCUGUCACCUGAUGAGAAGGCACGCGUGUGCUGUCCUUUCUGCUGCUGCUUCCAUGCUUUCUUACACAUAGGUUCUCCCUGCUGAGUUGGUGUGAUGGGGAGGUGAGCAGCACAAAAGCACUGCCAGAGGGUUGGUCUGAUAGAGCUGAUACGCUGGCUAGGCUCCGCGUUCAAACGGCAGUGGGAACGUAUGAUAUGGCUGUUACUAGCAUCCAUUUCUGCUCCGUGGACACGCUGUGAUGUAAUCUUUCCCACCUCUCUUAGAUACAAAGAUUUUGGUAAUUGUUUUUUUUUGAUGGAAAAAUCGUGUAGGCUUCUUGCUAGUAUGAAGAUGUAUAGUGUAUGGUAGAGCAGAGUGGAGGAGUGUGAUUCAGUCUCUCCUGUCAUUUAGUUUGCAUGCUGGCUCCUCACUGAACAUCACAGAUUGCACUUUCUUUUUCUUACUUCAUAGUUGCCCAUUCUGAAAUUGAUAAGAGCCUACUCUAAUGUUUUAACUUCACUAUACUGAUGUGGUCUUCUAACCUGUUAUUCUUGAUAAACUAGAUUGUUGUUUUGCUUAACUCUUGCCAGCAUCUAAUAAAGCGGUGGCAUAGGGGUUUUCUUUUUAGUGUGGCUUGGGAGUAUUUGGCCUUUAUUAGAUGGGAGGCUAGGCUAUCCGCUAGAUACUGAUCUUGUUCUUCGAGGCUUUGCUGUUGGUUGCUUGCUACUUUUAUUAAGGUGCCAGGAGGAAGCUGAGUACUCUUUUCUGUGUGUCAAUGCCAAGAUUGUUUUGCAGACAACAUUGCUAUAAGUUUUAUGUUUAUGUACUAUUUACAUACAGAUAGGCAGGUAUAGAGUUGCAAUGCUCUGUUGCUGUUCGAUGGGUGAAUUUCAAGUUGAGCCACAGACUUCAGCGUCAGGUCAUAAAUGAACUGCAUAGCUGCCGAACGGCGCCGUCAGUGAUUUUAGAAGACGACCCGUCUAUCCAGCACUUUAAGGAGCAGCAGGUCCGGCGGUGCUUGUUCUAGUGUUACUUUUGCAGCCGGUGUGGCUCUUCGGGAGCGCAUCGCCAUGCGAGGAGAGGCGCACUGCACACCCAGCGUGUGACAUUCCCUACAGCCGCACCAGCAGCGAAUAUCGCCUUAUUCCUCUGCCCCCUCCCGCCGCCGGGCGCCGCUUCCAGCGCGCAGUCACGUCUCACGGGAGCCGCUGCGGCCGCGGCCCCUCCACCCUCCCCCCGCCCCGGCAGGCUGCUCCGCGGCAGCACACGCACACCCACGCACACCCACCCACGCACCGCAGGGAGGUCCCCGGCACCGCCCCGCACCGCGGCGGACAGGGAGGGAGCGCGGCGGCGGCGCGGACCCGCCUGGCCCGGCCCAGCGCCGCCGCCCCCUGCAUCGGCCGCCGCGGCGCGGAGGGCAUAGGGCGGUGCGGGCCGUGCGCCGCCGCAGCUCCGCGGCUCCUCCGCGGCUCCUUCUCGGCUCUUCGCCCGCCUGAGCCAUGUCUGCCAGAGUGGCCCAUCCUCAGGAGCCUCACCACCCCUCUGAAAAGCCAGUCAUCCACUGCCAUAAAUGCGGGGAGCCAUGUAAAGGUGAAGUACUCCGUGUUCAGGCCAGACACUUUCACAUCAAAUGCUUCACCUGUAAAGUGUGUGGCUGUGACUUGGCACAAGGAGGCUUUUUCAUUAAGAAUGGGGAGUAUCUUUGCACCUUGGAUUACCAGCGCAUGUAUGGUACCCGCUGCAACGGUUGUGGGGAGUUCGUGGAAGGCGAAGUAGUGACAGCUCUGGGAAAAACUUACCAUCCAAGCUGCUUUGCCUGUACUGUUUGCAAGCGCCCGUUUCCACCAGGCGAUCGAGUUACCUUUAAUGGAAGGGACUGUCUCUGUCAGAUGUGUGCUCAGCCAAUGUCCUCCAGUCCAAAAGAAUUGUCUGCCUCAAGCAAUUGUGCUGGCUGUGGAAGAGACAUAAAAAAUGGACAAGCAUUGCUAGCUCUGGAUAAGCAGUGGCACCUGGGGUGCUUUAAGUGCAAGGCCUGCGGGAAGGUCCUAACUGGGGAAUACAUCAGCAAAGAUGGUGCUCCUUAUUGUGAAAAGGACUAUCAAGUUCUUUUUGGAGUCAAAUGCGAAGCGUGUCACCAGUUCAUUACUGGGAAAGUCCUGGAGGCAGGAGACAAGCAUUAUCAUCCAAGCUGUGCACGAUGCAGCAGGUGCAACCAAAUGUUCACAGAAGGAGAAGAAAUGUAUCUGCAAGGUUCCACUGUCUGGCAUCCCGACUGUAAGCAAUCCACUAAGACUGAAGAUAAGCUACGGCAUUCCUCAUCUGAGUUCUUUUAUCCAAAGAGUCUGGUUCUGCGCAGGCCACGCUCUGCAGAGCCUACAAGAACAUCAUCAGAAAGCAUUUAUUCCAGACCAGGUUCCAGUAUACCUGGCUCUCCAGGCCACACUAUCUAUGCAAAAGUAGACAAUGAGAUCCUUGAUUACAAGGAUUUAGCAGCCAUUCCCAAAGUCAAGGCCAUUUAUGACAUUGAACGUCCAGACCUAAUUACUUAUGAGCCAUUCUACACUUCCGCCUACGAGGACAGACAGGAGAGACAGAGUCUUGGAGAGUCUCCAAGGACAUUAUCACCUACCCCUUCUGCAGAAGGUUAUCAAGAUGUUCGGGAUCGCAUGAUUCACAGGUCUACUAGUCAGGGCUCCAUUAAUUCUCCUGUGUACAGUCGUCAUAGCUACACACCCACCAUGUCACGUUCACCUCAGCAUUUCCACAGACCUGGCAAUGAGCCAUCCAGCGGUCGGAACUCCCCUGUCCCUUAUCGGCCCGACAGCCGCCCUCUCACUCCAACUUACGCUCAGGCCCCUAAACAUUUCCAUGUUCCAGAUCAAGGUGUCAACAUUUACAGAAAACCACCCAUCUACAAACAACAUGAUGCAGCUGCUUUGGCAGCACAGAGCAAGUCCUCCGAGGAUAUCAUCAAGUCCUCCAAGUUCCCAGCAGCUCAUGCACCAGCACCCAACGAGAUACCAAAGAUUGAGACGGACCACUGGCCAGGUCCUCCCUCCCUUGCAGCCAUAGGAGCUGACAUGAGACGCAGAUCAAGUGGAAGAGAGGAAGAUGAUGAGGAGCUACAAAGACGCCGGCAGCUGCAGGAGGAGCAGCUCAUGAAGCUCAACUCUGGUCUGGGACAACUGAUAUUGAAAGAAGAGAUGGAAAAGGAGAGUCGCGAUAGGUCAGCCCUUUCUGCCAGCCGUUACGAUUCUCCAGCACAUGCUUCAGCCUCCAAAACCUCUUCUCUUCCUGGCUAUGGAAAAAAUGGACUUCAUAGGCCGGUGUCCACAGAUUUUGGUCAGUACAACAGUUAUGGGGAUGUGAGUGGUGGUGUUAGAGAUUUCCAGGUAGAGUACGGGUUUUCAUCAAUCAACUGACAACAGAAACAAAAACCCACCUACUUUCUUGUUGAAGUCUGAAUUUCUGCUACAGGGAAGGGUUUCUUAAGACAAUAGCUUUGAUUUUCCUGCAUGUUUAAGCAUAAUCACCAAUGUAGAUUCUUAUCAAGAAAAACCAGACACAGCCUCAGAUUCCUCCUUGUUACCUCCUCAGAGCUGGGUUGAGACAGCUCACACCAGUUCUGUGACUUGCUCUGUAAAAUCCACUGUCUGUUGAUAUAUGAGUUAUCUGUAACAGUCCUCUCUGGACAGCUGAGGGUGGAUUUAUUUCCAGCCUCUCUAGUACUGACCCCAGAGACAUAUAGAAAGUCUCUUCUGGAGGCAAUUUUCUCCCAUACCAGGAGUCUUGAACUCCUAAUUUUUGCCCUGGAAUUUGCUGUCCAGACAAGAGGAGUGAUCCAUAGUUUUCUACAGUGCUGUCAUCACAGAAGAGCCAGUAAGAGAUGUGAUUGCAAACAUAAAACCUUUUACUCCAAAUCCUGUCCGCAGGGUUUUACAGAAUGCUUUGAGUCUGGCUGGCUCCUCAGCACAAUCACAAUGUGAAAUAGCAAUUUAAGAAAGGGUUUAAUUACUUGGAUAAUUUUGUUAAUGGUGUAUCAAAAUCAUGAUGAUUGGAAAGAGAAGAUUGUGGGAGGAGAGAGGAGUUGUCCACGUAUUGUGCUCAAAACAUUAUUUUGUUAGGAACAGUACCUGUGUCAAAACAGCACCUUUUUACACUGUCCCUUUUUGUGUUCAUAGCAAAAAUUUCCCAUUGUAGAGACAAAAAAAAAAUUUAAAAAAUCCCUCAGCUGGUACAGUAAGUGACAGGAAGGAAAGUGUAAGAGUGUUUGGCAUUCUAUUGGGUGGGAUCUGAAUUAACACUUCUGUGUGUUUGUCCAGAGAAGAACUCUAUUUAGUUGCUGGGGUGGGAAAGCACCCACCACUCUCUUGGGGUCCCCAGGUCCGCCUGGGAAGUGAUGUUGGUAGGCUCAAUGGGGAGCUUUCACCAGCCUUAGCAGAGACAGAAGGCUGUGGUGGCAGAGAGGAUCGAAGGAUCCCUCUGCAUGCCUCAGAGAAGCAGUAAACAGCAGCCACGGCAAUGAUCUGUGUGAUAAAAACUAAGUAUUAAGACUUGAAGGAAGUCUCAGGGCAAAUUCACCUUUGUUUUCACCCCUACUUGAGUGCCUUUACCCUCUGUGUGUGUAACCUAUGUGUCUGAUGUAUACCUGUAUCUGAUGCAGUCCCUUCCGGAUGGUCAUGUCCCUGGAAUGAGAAUGGACAGAGGAGUAUCUAUGCCUAACAUGUUGGAGCCAAAGGCAAGUGCAGAUGUUAUUCACUUUCCUUCAAGACAGUGAAGAUUUGACUGUGAAAUGCAGAUUAAAUACAGGAAAUGUCUUAGUUCCCUUGUUUUUCUUUAACUCACCUCGCUCCCUGCUCCUUAUGUGCCAAACCUCUCCCUUUGUUCUGGACUUUGCCCAUUACAGGUGUUAGUACUCGGGCAGGCUGAGGGCAGCCCAGGUGUGCUUCUUAGGUUAAGGAGGCUUUUCCAGAGACAAAACAAAGAUACUGUAGGUGCUCAAAAGCUCAUUCUCUGUCAAGCUUCCGUUAGCCAAAACAGCAGGCCGAACUCGAUGAGAAAGUCUCAGAUCUGUCAGGUUGGAAAAGUGAUGCAGAAUAUCAUGGUUCGCAACACACUGUUGAGGCUGUCUUGAUUUAGAAAUGAAUGACUACAUGGAACUUUGUUUCAAAUUGGAAGUUAGAUACCUACAUGUCUGUCUGGAUCUGAUCUUUAGCUCACAGCACUGUUAGUCUGACACCUUUCAAUAAUGUUGAAUUCCCUAUAUGAGAAAUUCUUCAGGAGAUUUAUUGGAAGAAGAAAUAAUGUCAGUUGAACAUAAGAUAUAAAUUAAAGUGCUUUUGCAGCUAUGUCUAGAGAUGUCUGAGUCAAAAAUUAACAUAAUAUACAGAGGGGAUUCAAUCAGGGCUGUGUUUUAAAUCUUAAAACUUUUUCUGUUGCUGGCGAACCUUCCAAAAAAUCAUGAUUUUGCCAAAGUUACAAGGAUCAGCAUUUCUGCAGUUAAGUGAGGAGCUCUUUUUGCAAACCAGAUUCCUACUUGUGCUUCUGAGCCACCUCCAGACAAACUGUACAAGGCAAUAACCCUAGCUUUAUAAGCUGAGACCCCAGUGCAAUGUAUAUUAACAUGUGUUUUUAUAUAUUAUCUAAAUAAGACCUUGGGGACAUCCCCGACUUCUGAGAUACUACUUUUUAUUCCAAAUAAUUUCUCUUUCAGUGCAAUAGUAAUUCUUACAGCCACCACUGCUGUUGAUGCACCCAGGGAUUUGGAAUGUUAUUUUGGGUGACAAAUUCUGUCGGUAUUAUUAGUGAUAAAAGUUAUGGGAGUUUUCAUGAGAUAAUAGGUUCUGUUGAUAUUUAUAAAGGUGAUGCCAGACCCUUAGCUUGUGUGAAUUGGCAGUAUUUUUAUUAACGUCAAUGGUCCAACACUAACUUAAACCUGAAACACGUGAAAAGUGAAAAUUAAUAAAUUUAAGAAUGACCAAAUCUUACCAAAUGGUUCUCCAGAAAGGACAGAAUUUGUGCAUCCUGCCACCCCAGAUUGAGACAUGCCUUGUUGUGAAUAUCUAAAUAUAAAAUGUACUUAUGACCAUAGAUCUUGACUUAAACUCUGCCUGUUUAAAUACGAAAAGUUACAUUUUAGUUUCCUAUAAUGCUGUAUAUGGUAGCCAUUUCCAGUAUCAAACAUAAACAAUGUAAUUCAAAGUAUAGACAUAAUUGUACAAUUGUGACAAUGUCAGAAUCUCCUAAGAAUCAUAUCUUACAAUUGAUAUGUAAGCACACGUCAUUUAAAUUAUUAUUACUUACAAUAAACUCAGUGGUGUGUUCA